GUGACCAGACUUUAAGAAUUUGGGAUGUAAGAGCCCCAGGAGUCAGACUUGUGAUACCAGCCCAUGAGGCAGAGAUCUUGAGCUGUGACUGGUGCAAAUAUGAUGAGAACUUGCUGGUAACUGGUGCAGUUGACUGUAGCUUGAAAGGCUGGGAUUUGAGGAACAUCCGGCAACCAGUGUUCAUCUUGCUUGGUCAUACCUAUGCUAUCAGAAGAGUAAAAUUUUCACCAUUCCAUGCAACCUUAUUGGCCUCUUGCUCCUAUGAUUUUACUGUGAGAUUCUGGGACUUUUCCAAGCCUAAUCCUUUGCUGGAAACAGUAGAGCAUCAUACUGAAUUUACAUGUGGACUGGAUUUAAGUCUUCACAAUCGUGGUCAGGUGGUGGACUGUGCUUGGGAUGAACUAGUCAAGAUCUAUACUCCGCCAUGUCUGACAGUUCCUGCCUAGAGAAAAAGUGAAGAAGCUCUGACACACCAGGAACCUUUCUCUGCUUCCCCGCAGUGAGACGUGCUGAAGUGUCAACUGUGUCACUAAUCUUAGUGUCCCUUUUUAAGUAAAA